AUGUCUGGAUACACGCAAAUCGAGGCCGACGAGCCCACUGUGGACGCCAAUCCUUACCAUAAUACAGCCGGCCAAUCAGCGCCAGUUUCUGGUAAUAUGGCCGCUGCUCCUGCUGAAAACACAGAGGAAUGGCUGUGGCUGAGGAAACUCAAGGAAUCGUCCCACCCGGUGGCAUUGAUGUUCUACAUUGUGUUCCGGUUGUCGCCGAUAUUUGCCUAUAUUUUCGGCAACAUGAUCAUCUCGAUCUUCAUCAGCAAGAACAGGUUCAUUCUUCACUUCAUCGUGCUUACAAUACUCGUUUCGGCCGACUUUUGGAAUUUGAAGAAUAUUUCGGGAAGACUAUUGGUCGGCUUGCGCUGGUGGAACGAAACCAACAAGCAAGAGGGCUCUACAAGCUUCGAAAAUGUGUGGGUGUUCGAGUCGGCCGACCCGGAAAGGUAUAUUAACCCAAUCGACUCCAAGGUCUUUUGGAUGUUGUUGUACGUGCAGCCCGUCGCAUGGACGAUAUUGGCGAUUAUGGCUAUUUUGAAGUUCGAGUUGUUGUAUCUCGUCUUGAUCGUCAUCAGUUUGUCCUUGUCGCUCACUAAUGCCAUGGCUUUCACGAAAUGCGACAAGUUCGGUAAGGCCAACAGUAUGGCCACAGACAUCUUCUCCAGAACCACCGGUGGUAUUUGGAAGAGAUUCAAUCCUUUCUCAUCCUGA